CUAAUUAUAAUCAAUAAGACAGGGAAUGAAUGUUUUGAUUAUUGUUCAGAAUUGAGGCCGUGCAUGGUCAUUACCGCGGGGCGAAUCCAGUCGAUAAUAUCAGAAUUAUUGUAAAAGAAAACAACAGAUAUGCCCUAGUGUGAAUAAACCACUUUUUGAAGUUCGCCAACUAAACUGAUCAAAUAUUUUCAGGAAUAAAUUUUGUGACAAUUAAUGAUUUAAGAAAAGUUGAGAUUCUCGCCAUGGCGGGGAUAGAAUGCAUGUCGUUCUCGACGCUGGAUGUCCCUUCUCUGAAGUCUGGAGAUGACAGCCGCCUCAACGACAUGGAGGACGACAUGAACGCCAGUAACGGUGGGGGACGGGACAGCCCCCUGCGCCCCCCACCGGGGGCAGACGCUGGGGAAGAUAUCCUAGCCAAGCUGCGCCAGCAGAAUCAGGAGCCUUCUAAACACUCUUCAUUUGAAGAAGAUAAAAGGAAGUUAUACGAAUUAUCAGACGAAGUUAAGCGACGGGAGUUCCUUGACGACCUCUUCACCUUCAUGCAGCAACGAGGCACGCCCAUAAACCGACUACCCAUCAUGGCGAAGCAGGUGCUGGAUCUGUACGAGCUCUACAACCUGGUCGUGUCGCGAGGAGGGCUCGUCGACGUCAUCAAUAAGAAACUCUGGCAGGAAAUUAUCAAAGGCCUCAAACUUCCGUCGUCUAUAACUAGCGCCGCCUUCACUCUACGCACACAGUACAUGAAGUACAUUUAUCCGUAUGAGUGUGAGAAAAACAAGCUCAGCAAUCCUCAGGAGCUUCAAGUUGCCAUCGAUGGCAAUCGGAGGGAAGGCCGUCGGUCUUCGUAUGGUGAGAAAGCUGGGGGCUACGGAGACAUGGGACAGCCUGCGCUCAUGAACUUCCAGAACCUACAACAUUUCUCCGGCCUCCCUCGGCUUCACGGCCCGCCCCUGGGACUCGUAUCGCGUCCACAGCUCAACGGAAAUGGCAUCCCCGGCAGCGGCGGCUCUCCGCCUAGCAGCACCCAUCAGUCGGCGGUGGCGGACGCGGCGCGCCUGAGCAUCUGGAAAUUAUAUAACCAUAACUUCGCUGCUGGUGGUGGCGGGGUGCCUAAUGUUAUGAUGGGCAAUAGUAUAGGAGCUGGUAUGAUGCAGCCACAAGAUGAUGACAGGAAUCAUAUGAAUCCUCAUCACAGUCUUCUUCCUCCACAUCCUCCGCAACGCGAAGCUCUCAAUCUUGAUGUUAAAGACGAGUUCGACGUGAUGCCGCGCUCGGCCAAGAAGGAGAGCCCGCUGAGCGGCGAGGAGAGCAACGGACUCCCACCCUCCGCCAAGCGUCUCCACGAGGACGACAAUUCCGUCCGUGACAUGAUCUCCUCCUGCGCCACGUCCAUGCCAGGCUCCAAUAUUGAGAUCAACUCCCACCCCUCGGGAGAAAACAACCGUAACGGCAGCCAUCACAACGGCACUCCAACCGGCCAGUCUCUGUCGAUAAAUAUGGAAAUCAAUGGCAUUCAGUAUAAAGGCGUAUUAUGGCCACAACAUCCAUCUACAUCGCCUCCCCGCGCCUCACACCACUCAAAUGUCCUCUCAAAUAACGCACUGCUGCCUCAACUAUCAGGAUCACCCCUCAUUCCUUCCCCUGCCAGCCCUGUUGGUUUGGGCGCGUCUAGGUUCAGAUGAACCGACGCUAAGCGAUCGGUCCAACUCACGGGCCCAGCGGUCCAACUUACGGGCCCAGCGGUCCAACUUACGGGCCCAGCAGCCCUGGCAAGCAAGCAGCAGUCGUGGCGGUCACCUCACCUCAGACCGCAAGUUAUGCAUCCGUUGCUGCAAAGUUCUUUCCCGUACUACGGACUGCAUCCUAUCCUGCCAUCCUACAACGGCGCUGUGCUGCCAAGAUGCGCGCUCGACCACGCGCUCUUGUCUCAUGCGCUGAGAUUCAAGUGAGUUGUCUGAGGCUCAACAUAUCACACCAAAAGGUUGUUAAGUCGUAAUUAUGUAACUUAAAAUGUUCAUAGUUUUAGAAUUAAGAGUUGAAUUGUGAUACGUUCUUCAUGGAGUUUUAGUGUUUAAAAUCCUAGCUGAUUUUCCUGAUUUGGCUAUUGCGGCGACUUUUGUGCAUUUGUAAAAUAAUGUGUACAGAAACAUAUUUUAAUUCAUAGGAUGUAAUUAGUUACAUUGCAGUGUUCGAUUUUUUCCUUGAUUUUAGAAUUACCGAAGAAACAAUUGCAUAAAAUCAAAUCAAUAGUAAUUGAUAUAGUAGUUUGAAACUAGGUGAAAAAUAAAAUGUUGACUUUGUAAGAAAAAUUCACUUGGAAAGUAUUGUUAUUUUGAAUACAGAAUUUGCACUGAGAAUUAGAAGGCUGCUUGCUAAGUAAAUUUAGUAAUGAACCCAUCAAUAGUAAUUGUACUAAUUUGAUAUCAAAGUAUAGGUGAACCGUAAAGGUUCUCAAUGUGGCGAUUAAUUGCGCAGUUGUUUAGUUCUUAGUCGUAGAAACUCAUGGUUCAACCGAAUGAAAAUACAAUGUUCCUCUCAAUCGUUGUUUUCAAUGUGUAUACGAAUUUAAUUCUCAACCCAGAAACAGUAAUGUUUUGAAUUUAAUGAUUCUGUGAAGGCUCCUUCAAAAAUUAGUUCUAAAUUUGAGACUAUGUUGUGUUGCCUUUCUGUCUCCACGGAUUCCUUGCUGUUCACAUUUGUGUUGGGGAAACCAGAGAAACCAUUACUGGUAUGAUUUAUCAUGUUCGGUACUUAACGCUUUACGGGAGAAUAUUGAACAAUAUAACUAGUUCUAAAGUAUAAUAUAGAACAAUAGAACAAUAUAAUUCACAACCUUGCGUGGUUGCCUCUUGAUUAGGCUACCAUGGUGUUACCGUGGUAGCUGGUGUUACCGUGGUAGCUGGUGUUACCGUGGUAGCUGGUGUUACCGUGUGAGCUGUAAGUAAAACGAAAGAAAGUGACGUAAACUGAGGAGAGUUAAACGGAAUUUUAUUUUACUUGUAUCUUUUUCUGUUGAAUUAACAGCUCAAAUGUAAAGCCAUUAUACGCUGAUAGGUUCUCGCUCCUAAGUCGUAUUUAUGUGUAUGAAGACUAAGCUCGUUUUUGACCCAGGUUAUUUAUGAUUUUUUAAUUUACUGGAUUUUUUCAAUACUGUCACAAUUGAGUUAUGGUUAUACAAGGCGACAUAUUUCCCACAGUUUCCCAUGUUUUACGAAGUAGUUUAUGAUUACUUAGGAAAAACUGAAGUUUUGACGUCGGGAAUGGCUUCCUAAGCCUGUUUGUCCAUAUGUGCACAAUUUGUACAUAUGUAUUGUAGUUCUAGUUCCAUUCCAUCUUUAAUUGAUAUUGAUUUCAUGAUCCCCGUAACUUUAUUAGAAUUAAUUAUUCAAUUUCUAAAAAAGAAGAUUAGAUCUUGAAGCUAUAAGUGAAAUGUGUCGAAUAUGUCUCGCUGCCAUUUGCAGGUAGAUAAUUGUGAAUGACAGAAGUGACACAAAUUUGGAAUUUCAAAUUAAAUACAUACAUAGGCAUUGAAAAUAAAUAUAAAUACAUGCAUUGGCCUUCGGCGAAUAGAUAGUUUCAAACAUCAAAAAUUGUGCUUCGAUUUUCAAUUUGAUUUUUUCGGUUUCUUCCUCGCAACAAAUUCUCAAUGAAAAUUUGAUUGCAGCGGCGCAGCUGUGCAAUAACUCGAUUACAUUUUAUAAUCGACGGAUUGCUUUUGUGAAGUUCGAUAGCCAUAAUAUCGGUCCAUAAAAAUGUUGCUUCUAGCUGAGUCGUAGUUUGAUUUGGAUAAAACUUCUUGAAUUUCAAGUUAAUAAGUAUCAGUAAUAAGUAAGAUCAUAACACUGAAUUAUUAUUCAUGGUUGUUAGUAACAAGGUAAACUGAUGUCUGAAGAUGCAGCUGCCAGAAGUAACGUUCAUGUGAUGUUUGUUGUAAUUCAUGAACGAUUUUCUUUUGGAGCUUCUGCGUAAAAUAAACAUGAAUACUCUAGAGCUGCAACUCGCGAAAAAACGAUCACGACCUGGGGCCAUACUUUCAAAACUCGCUAAGUGAACGUAAGUACUUA